AGCGAGAAGGACUACCGCAGCCAGACCACGGUGGAGACCUGGCCAACACCUUCUAAGAGCCCAACCACCUUCACUAUAUCAACAAAGUCUCCCCCUGGCCGUUGGGAACGCUGUGAAGAUCAGCAACGCGCGCCUGAGACACUGUCAAGGUGUUGAGGUUUGACAGCAAGUUGCCAGAAGCUGACUGCGGCCAGUCAUGAAGUCGGUGAUGGUGACAGUGACGGUGGCGUUAUGGGUGUCAACGGUGGCCCGAGGCUCACCACAACCUAUCGGCGAGUGUAAGACAGCAUUGCAGGUUCUGGCAGACAACAACUCGUGCACCCGCUUCCACGUCUGCCGCCUCCUAGACGACGGCCAGUUCACCACGGACAUCGCCGUCUGCCCGAACAGGAUGCUCUUCGACAUGGUCAGCCUCACCUGCAUCAACCUGCCGAAAGGCUACGUACAGGACCCCUCCAGCUGCACCAAGUUCUUCGGAUGUCACCCGUCAGCGCAGGGCGGCGGCGGCCUGGUGAGGAGGAGGUACUCCUGCACCGGCGAGCUCCGCUUCCACCCCGUCAGGAGGCACUGUACCUACAGGACUGACGUGCCGGACGUGAUGUGCAACAACUCCAAGUCCGCCCAGCAGAUCAUCGGCCAGCACCACGCCCAGACCACCACAACUACCAGCACCCCCACCACCACCACUGCCUCCACCACCACCACCACCGCCCCCACGUCAACCACCACCACCACAACCCGCACCUCAACCACAGUGACGGCGCCCCCCCGGGUUGCCGGAGGGAGCCAGGUAGGCCCACCGAGCGCUUUCAUCAGGAAAGUUAACCAUCAACCCAUUACCGAUGUCACUGACCUCCAGAGGAUCACCCAGGUCAUCAAAGGUCAACUACUGGCCCGGAACAAGGUCAACAGCAGAGAGGCAGAACCGGCUAUCGAACAAGUCUAAGCAGGCGUUCCGGCCAUCUUGCACCUCCACACAGCAUUCGCAUCGUCCCAACAAUUUUUCCCAAACAUUUAUACAAUCCUCAUACAUACAUAAUACAAGGAAUACCACACAGCCUCCCUUAUACAGUAUACACAGCCUCUCUCAUACAGUAUACACAGCCUCCCUCAUACAGUACACACAGCCUCCCUUAUACAGUACACACAGCCUCCCUUAUACAGUAUACACAGCCUCCCUCAUACAGUAUACACAGCCUCCCUUAUACAGUAUACACAGCCUCUCUCAUACAGUAUACACAGCCUCCCUCAUACAGUACACACAGCCUCCCUUAUACAGUAUACACAGCCUCCCUCAUACAGUAUACACAGCCUCCCUUAUACAGUAUACACAGCCUCUCUCAUACAGUAUACACAGCCUCCCUCAUACAGUACACACAGCCUCCCUUAUACAGUAUACACAGCCUCCCUCAUACAGUAUACACAGCCUCCCUUAUACAGUAUACACAGCCUCUCUCAUACAGUAUACACAGCCUCCCUCAUACAGUACACACAGCCUCCCUUAUACAGUAUACACAGCCUCCCUCAUACAGUACACACAGCCUCCCUUAUACAGUAUACACAACCUCCCUUAUACAGUAUACACAAGCUCCCUCACCGGGCCACAGCAUACAACAUUUCUCACAUACAUCAUAAAUCAGGUGGUGACGAUUACUGCUUCGUUUCAUGGGUAUAAAAUAUUGUUGAUUAUUAUUUAAAUAUUAAUUUAUAAAACACGGAGUACAAU